AUGGGUUUCGGUACCUGGGUCCACGACACCAACGUGCGGGUUGCCCGCAGUCCCGUGGGGAAAUGGUUUCGUCUGGAGGGCUCCGGCCAUGUAAGUGAUACUGCACUGUAUACGUGCGAUCGUACUGUCAAUACCGAGUGUGAGACUAAACCCUGUCAGCCUAGAGAGAGGAAGGGUAGCUACUUCUUCACUGAAAUCCGCGCCGGCCUCGCCACCUUCUUCGCCAUGGCAUACAUCAUAUCCGUCAACAGCAACAUCACCUCUCUGACCGGUGGAACUUGCAUCUGCCCCGAGGAAGACAUGGCAGAUCACUGCGCAAAUAAUGUUGAGUACGCUCUGUGCACGCAGGAAAUAAACCGCGAUAUCGUCACCGCCACCGCCGCCAUCGCCGCUCUCUCGACUUUCUGCAUGGGUUUCUUCGCCAACCUGCCUAUCGCGCUCGCACCUGGAAUGGGACUGAACGCAUACUUUGCCUACACUGUUGUUGGAGUCCGUGGUACCGGCAUGGUCCCGUACUCGACUGCUCUCACGGCUGUCUUCGUGGAAGGAUGGGUAUUCUUGGGCUUGACGUUGAUCGGUAUGCGGCAGUGGCUGGCGCGUGCGCUGCCAAAGUCUAUCAAACUCGCAACCGGUGUUGGCAUCGGUCUGUACCUCGCAUUGAUCGGUUUGACCUACAGUGCUGGUAUUGGAUUAGUUCAGGGUGCCACUUCCACUCCCAUUGAGUUGGCAGGAUGUACGCAGGACCAGUUUGACGAGACGACGGGUCUGUGCAUGAGCAGCGCCAAGAUGCGCAGUCCUACUAUGUGGAUUGGCAUCUUCUGUGGCGGUAUUAUGACGGCUUUGCUCAUGAUGUACCGUAUCAAGGGUGCUGUCAUUCUCGGUAUUUUGUUGGUUUCUAUCAUCUCUUGGCCUCGCACUACGCCCGUCACUUACUUCCCCUACACCGAGCUCGGAACCAGCAAGUUUGAUUUCUUCAAGAAAGUUGUCACUUUCCAUCCUAUCAAGCAUACUCUACUCGCUCAGGAUUGGAACUUGGCUGGCAAGGGCGGCGAGUUUGGACUGGCUUUUAUCACAUUUUUGUAUGUCGAUAUUCUAGAUACCACAGGCACAAUGUACUCUAUGGCCCGAUUUGCCGGCGCAAUCAACGAGGAGACCCAAGAUUUCGAGGGCAGCGCCAUGGCCUACAUGGUUGACGCGAUUUCCAUCUCGAUCGGAUCCCUCCUCGGCAGUCCCCCCGUCACAGCAUUCGUCGAGUCCGGCGCCGGCAUUUCCGAAGGCGGCAAAACAGGCCUGACAUCAUGCGUCACCGGCAUUGCAUUCUUCAUCGCAGUAUUCUUCGCCCCGAUAUUCGCUUCCAUUCCACCUUGGGCCACUGGUUGCACGCUCGUGAUUGUCGGUGCGAUGAUGGCCCAGUCUGCCGCCGAUAUCAACUGGCGGUACUACGGUGAUGCGAUCCCCGCGUUCCUCACCAUCGCCAUCAUGCCGUUCACAUACAGCAUUGCCUAUGGUCUGAUCGCUGGUAUUACCAGCUACAUCACCCUCAAUGGCUUUGCCUGGUGCCUUGAGAAGAUCACCGGUGGUCGCAUUGUCCCGCCUAACAAGGAUGAAUCCGAUCCUUGGUCUUGGAAGGUCAAGGGUGGUUUCCUUCCCCCCUGGGUUAACCGUGCUGCUCAUGGAAAGAAGGACUUCUGGAAAAGUGAUGAGGAGUAUGCAGAGCAGCGGGUUGCUGCUGGUGAAGCUGUAUCUUUCUCUUCCGCGUCGGAAGAACGGGUGGCUCUUGAGAAAGGUCAUGAGCCUGCCGCUGCGCCAAAGAAGUCAGCGUAA